AUGACCUACAUUCACUUCGCGCUCUCGAAAUUCAAGCCCGAGGUCGACGCUGCGGCGAAAGAUGCGAUCUUCCAGAAGGCCGGGGAGCUGGUGAAGCAGCUCGACGUCCCGGGGCUCAUACGCGUGCACGCCGGUCCCCCCGCGGACCCCACAUACGCGGGGGGCUAUGAAUUCGCUUUGACGGCCGAAUUCGAGGAUAUUAGGGGCUUCCAGGCGUAUCUGCCGCAUCCCGCGCAUAUCAAGCUGCUGAAGUUGACGAAGGGCUUGACGAUCCGUGAGUGCGGCUUCGUGCUGUGA